AUGUCGAUGUAUCCGCAGCAUCGGGGUCUGCCCCAGAAUGCAAGCCGUCUCAAUGAACUCCUCGAUCAAAUUCGCGCCGAGUUUGACAACCACGUGAGACUGAAUGAAGGCUAUGAGCAACAGAUUCAGCAACAAGUGCAGGAGGCACAGAUCGUCCGUGAGAAGGUGUACCAGCUGGAACAAACCCACAUGACACUCAAGGCCAAGUAUGAGGAAGAGGUUAUUUUGCUCCGCCGUCAGCUCGAGGCCGCCAGAUCAGGCGCGCCUCAGCAGGGUAUGCCUGGCCCUCCCCAACAUGGAGGACCUUCCAACGUCCCGCCGCCCUCCAUUGGUAUGGGCAACAACCUGUUCCAAGGAAUCAUGACCGGACAGGGUGGCCAAGCUGGUCUGCCGCCGCAGCCCCCACCUCAGGAGCAGGGUCCCGGUCCUCAGCAUCAGAUGCCUCAACCGCCGCCGGGGCUUCAAGGUCCUCCCCCGCCUCAGCCUCCGCCAUCGCAACAACCUCCGUUCCAGCCUCCAUACCAGCAAGGCCCUGGUCCCAACGGCUUCCCCGGACAGCCACCCCAGAGCACCGCUAGCCCCGGACCUGGCAGCAAGCGUAUCGGCAGACCUCCAACCGGCCCUGCGACGCCCCAGAUCAACAACCCCAUGCCUUACCCACCGGGCCCUGGCGCAUCUCCUCAGGUUCACCACCAGCCCACUCCUGACCACAGAGGCCCGAUGCCUCCCCACCCUGGUGCCCCCGGCCCUCUUGUCAACAAUGCUCUGGGGGACUUGGAUCCCGACCGCCUCCCGGCUCAUACCAAGAAGACCAGAGACGACUGGUUCGUGAUUUUCAACCAGGCGGUUCCUCGCAUGCUAGACGUUGAGCUCGUACACACUCUGUCCCACGAGAGCGUUGUUUGCUGUGUGCGCUUUAGCCACGACGGCAAGUAUGUUGCGACUGGUUGCAACAGGUCCGCUCAAAUUUACGACGUUCAGACUGGUGAAAAGGUCUGUGUCCUAACUGACGAAAACGUUGAUAUCACUGGCGACCUUUACAUCAGAAGCGUUUGCUUCAGUCCCGAUGGCAAGUACCUGGCAACGGGUGCUGAGGACAAGCUCAUCCGUGUCUGGGAUAUCGCCCAAAGGACCAUUCGCAAUACCUUUUCUGGUCACGAACAGGAUAUCUACUCGCUGGAUUUCGCCCGUGAUGGCCGCACGAUAGCGUCCGGCAGUGGAGACAGAACCGUCCGACUCUGGGACAUUGAAACCGGCAAUGCCAUGCUGACGCUCACCAUAGAGGAUGGAGUUACCACCGUUGCCAUUUCUCCUGACACGAAAUAUGUUGCUGCCGGUUCGCUUGAUAAGAGUGUCCGUGUCUGGGAUAUUUCUCAGGGCUACUUGGUGGAGAGAUUGGAGGGACCAGAUGGCCACAAGGAUAGUGUAUACAGUGUUGCAUUCUCGCCCAACGGCCGUGACUUGGUCAGUGGCAGUUUGGACAAGACUAUCAAGAUGUGGGAACUGUCAUCCCCCCGAGGAAUGAACAACCCGCCCCCCAAGGGCGGACGAUGCGUCAAGACGUUCGAAGGUCACAGAGACUUUGUACUGUCUGUCGCCUUGACUCCGGAUGCCAACUGGGUCAUGUCUGGCUCAAAGGACAGGGGCGUACAGUUCUGGGAUCCACGAACGGGCCACACACAACUCAUGUUGCAGGGACAUAAGAAUUCCGUCAUCUCUGUUGCCCCCAGCCCUGCUGGUAGUUACUUUGCUACCGGAUCUGGCGACAUGCGCGCCCGUAUCUGGUCGUACCGCAACGUAUAG